AUAAACUGCUAAUAAUAAGAAUAUAAAAGUUUUGUUUGAUAAAAGUAUGGAAUAUUCGGCUGUUAAUGAAUAUAGUUCUGCCGUACAAGAGUCUGAUUUGGUUGCUUGUAAUUUAGAAGAAAAUUUAUUGUGGAAUAACGCAGAUUAUAAUAUUACAAGUGAAAAUUUUAUUGCCGAUGAAAGUUCCGUCUUAAAUGCAGAACAAUUUAGCGAACAGUUUGCUGGCAUUGAAUUUAGAGAAACAAGAAAUGAACUUACUGAUAGUUCGGGAAAUGGUUUUGGCGUUUCGACAAUAAAUUUCGAUGCAUUUGAAGAAAUUAUAUGGACUGGAAAUCUUGGAGGCCAUAUAACAUCUUAUUAUGGACCUAUUUUACAAAAAUAUACUUCUUUCCAAGUCCAUCCUAAGCAGCAGGUUCGUCAAAUAAGGUCCAUAGACAAUGGAAUUAUAGCAUUAACUGAAAAUACCUUAAGAUUUCAAAAUAGAAGGGGUUUACCAAUAUAUACAUAUUCAUCCGAUAAUAUGAUAGAUAUGCAAUGUUUAUUAUGUUAUUCUUCAACGAGUAUAUUAAUGGGAGGACACCAGGAAAAAAUUAUAGAUUUUGAUUUGACUACUAAUAAAGAGAAACGUUUGGUCGAUAUAGGUGAAAGCGGUUGCGCAAUGUUGCGACAGCAUAAUCGAUUUGUUUGCACUGGCAAUGCAUAUGGAAGAAUUGAGUUUAAAGAUCCAGUGUCAUUGACUACGGAACAUGUCUUGGAUACUCAUAGUGGCUCAUUAAGUGAUUUUGAUAUUCAAGGAAAUUAUUUAAUAACUUGUGGAUUUAGUAAUAGUCGUCAGGGUCUUUCCGUCGAUCGAUUCCUAAUGGUCUACGAUUUAAGACAAAUGAAAGCAAUUAAUCCACUGCAAACAUUGGUUUAUCCAUUAUUACUUAAAUUUUUGCCAAGUUUUUCGAGUAGGGUUGUCGUUGUAUCGCCAUUGGGACAAAUGCAAGUACUCGAUACAAUUUAUGCCAAUGCCCAACCAUCGUUAACUUGCUUAUAUCAGGUAGCUACUGCGGGAGCAAUGAUAACAUCGUUAGAUGUCUCACCUACGUCCCAAUGUCUUUGUUUUGGAGACUCCGUUGGCUCUAUUUUUUUGAUGACUUCCAACGUACCCGAGCCACAAUUCAAUACAUUUUCAAGACCUACGGAAUUCGUCGAUCCUGAAGAAAUUAUUCAACCAAUAGAUAUCGAGGAUAUCAAUGCUCCGUUAAGUAUGUUGCCAAUGAUGUAUAAUGCAAAUACGUUGCUUAGCGAUUGGCCAGAAGAAUAUUCUAAAAAAGUUUAUCGAAAAACUCCAGCAAUAAAUGCAGAGAUUCUUCAAAUGAUGAAAAUGCAAGGAUCUAUCGGUUAUGCACCCAAUCCUCGACCACAUCGUAGAAGACAAAAGAAAAAGUUACUCGUUUCUUGACUUAUUAAUGACAUUUAACAUAAUAUU